CGAGUACAGAGCAGAGGUUAGCACAGGACACUGCUGCCUGUACGGCUGCUGGACCUCAACAACUAGCGACAAGAGGCGAACAAACCCAAACCUCCUCGGAUAUCUCGACCUACCUCACCGCCGCCAAUUAAACCUUCGGAUAUUGUGCUACUUGGACAUACAGCGGCAAGUUCAAAGUCAUAUACGACAGCGCGUAUUCAGCAUUAACGUGUCAGAGGUGUGUUUUUCGAUCGUGAACGCUUUUCCACCGACUGGACCUCUUCACUUUUCGGUGACGGCUACAUUCUACUGUCUUUCUUUACGGCAUGCAUGGAUUUAAGGGCAACCCGUACUUGCUGUGACAUUACGGAGUAGUCUAUCAACGAAAUGGAGUGUUCGCCUGCUGGCUACGAGGAUUAGCAAGCGAAAAGACAAUUACAUAAUAGCUACUACAAAAUAUAGCGAAAAACUGCUAGCGAUAGCGACGUUUCCAGCCGACACAUAGGCUGAGGACGUUGGGGUCGGUCAUUAUAUAAACUCUUUAACAUAAAUGGCUACACACCACAUGUGGGUUGGUAUGGUAAUGUGAUGUUACUGUGUCCCUUUGCCCUCUUUUCAGUCUUUGGUGCUACAAAGUAACGAGGGCUGCAACUCCGCCCGCACAGUCGGUGGCACUUGUAGCAUUUCGACUGUAAAAGGACGAUAAAGAAGAACUCGGCGUUUCAUUGUGUCGUCUAAACUCGUUCCGGACGUUGAAAAACGACACAACGCACGGCAGAAAGACAAAAGACUGUAAAACCUGCCUGUGCUCCUCCAAGGGCUGAGAGGUCACCGGGACCGGUCAUCUCUCUUUCUCUCCUCCCCCUCACCCUCUCAUCAGUCUGUUAUGAAGAUGUGAACUCUUCCCUCCCUCCCUCCCUUCCUCUUUCUGUCUUCGCCGUCCAGGACGCUUUGAUCUUUUUUUCUCUCUCCAUCUCUGUUUGGUACAAAGACAUCAAACGCGACUCCCGCCUCUCGGGGAUGUACGAAAGCGUGGAUGUUGUGGGUUUUAGUCCCAGCCCCAGCAGCCCCAGUCCCGGCUCUUUUCUGAGCAUGGACUACUACCACAGACCCCCGGGGCUCGGGCCGGAGAAAGGACUACUGUCCGGCGUAGGACUCCAGCGUCCGUUCGGAGGGUCCCUGCUGGCCGGCAGGCACUGGAGCGGAUCCAGCCACUCUAUAGAGACUGAGAGCACGAGUUCAGGAGAGGACCUGCUUGUCCCCAGCCCCCCCACACCUCCACCUCCUCCCCGCAUCUACAAGCCCUGCUUUGUAUGUCAGGACAAAUCUUCAGGAUACCACUAUGGAGUCAGCGCCUGCGAGGGUUGCAAGGGUUUCUUUCGGAGGAGCAUCCAGAAGAACAUGGCGUACACGUGUCACCGAGACAAAGUCUGCGUCAUAAACAAGGUGACGAGGAACCGGUGUCAGUCCUGUCGACUGCAGAAGUGCCUCGAUGUUGGCAUGUCCAAGGAGUUGGUGCGAAAUGACAGAAUGAAGAAGAAGAAGGAAGAGAAGAGGCAGGGGGAGGCAGAGAUCUACGUCCUGUCAGCAGAUACAGAGCAGAUGAUUGAACGAAUCCGCCAGGCCCAUCACGACACGUUUCCCUCCCUCUGUCAGCUGGGAAAAUACACCACGAGCAACAGCUCAGAGCACCGUGUCUCUCUGGACGUCAGUCUUUGGGACAAGUUCAGUGAAUUGUCCACCAAAUGCAUCAUUAAGACAGUGGAGUUCGCCAAGCAGCUGCCCGGCUUCACGACGUUAACCAUCGCUGAUCAGAUCACCCUGCUCAAAGCUGCCUGCCUCGACAUACUGAUUCUAAGGAUCUGCACCCGCUACACCCCAGACCAGGACACCAUGACCUUCUCCGACGGGUUGACUCUGAACCGCACACAGAUGCACAACGCCGGGUUCGGACCUCUCACAGACCUGGUGUUCUCUUUCGCCAACCAGCUGCUCCCUCUGGAGAUGGACGACGCAGAGACAGGAUUACUCAGCGCCAUCUGCCUGCUCUGUGGAGACCGUCAGGACCUGGAGGAGUCCGAUAAGGUGGAUGUUCUUCAGGAGCCAAUUGUUGAAGCCUUGAAGAUCUAUGUGAGGAGGAGGAGACCUGAUAAACCCUGUAUGUUCCCCAAGAUACUGAUGAAGAUUACUGACCUCAGGAGCAUCAGUGUGAAGGGAGCAGAGCGAGUGAUCACGCUGAAAAUGGAGAUACCAGGCUCCAUGCCUCCUCUCAUCCAGGAGAUGCUGGAGAACUCAGAGGGACUGGAGGGGCAUGGAGCUGGGGGAGGGAAAGGAGGAGGAGCCAAGGGUAGAGGAGGAGUCAGAGAAGAGGAGAAAGGAGAGCUCGGGGGCUGCCAUCCCAGUCCAUCGCCCAAAUCAGUUCCCUCUCCCAGCCGGAGCCCUGCGCCCCGCUCUUCUUCUCCUCCCUCCCCCUCCACCUGAAGUUGAACACUCAGAACCUCGGCCCACACAGUGCCCCCCUGUGGCACAACGUGGUACUGCAAGAGAACAACCCACACAGUGGACUGAAAGCAGAAAAAAAUGCAGCUAAUACCAGGUGAUCUGGAGCACAGAAAAAUCUGAAUAUGUGAACUCAUCAACUCUCUGGGUUACUGGUGACAUGCUUUGUCAAGUAUAUCAGAUAAACUAAAUAUCUUGCUGCAGGUAUGUGGUGAGGACUGAGGUGUGUGAAGACAACUUAGUUUUAUACAUUAAACGCAAAAAAGACAUGAUUUAUUGUUUUUAUUGUUUCAUAACACCUAAAAGGUCAAUUUUAUGCAGUCUGUGUGAACUUAAAUGAAGGAUUACUGGGACAUGGAAAUGUGUGAGACUGAUGAAAAGUAUUCCUCUUAAAUCACAUAUUUCCUCCCUUAUGAAUAGUUAAGUAUAGUAUGCAGAAUCAUUAUGUGUAAUAUAUUGUAUAUAAAAAAAGGCAGUGAAAGAAGUUUUCGGACAGACGGACUGAUGCAAGAAGUUAUUUUCCUAAAUGUACAUGUGUAUAUAUUGCAUUUCCCCAACACGGCUGUAAAAAGUUCUUUAUCCUCUGUCAACCAACACACACACACACGCACGCGCGCACACUCACACACACACACAUGCGUGCACGCUCUCUCUCACACACAAACACACACACACAUACACACACACACACGCGUGCAUGCACUCUCACACACACACACACUGCCCCCAACCCUCUGCUUCCUAUCACCUUACAGACAUCAGGGAAAAAUAAUAAUCCUUGACUCAUUUUUUCACUGGAAUCAGAAAUAUAAGUAUGAAUCAGAGAGUUUCUAUAGCUUGAGGUAAAUCUAUUUCUUUGUGUGUUACUUUUGAUCAUUUGUACGAAAAAAAUGUAUUUGGUUUGUUUUCAGAUGCAGCUUCACUGCACUUCAACAAACUGUGAAACAUAGGACAUUUAACUAUAAAGUAAUACAAUGUCUGCCUAUAGGUGGACACUUUCAACCAAAGCAAACUGUGAUAGCAGGAGUUCAAACACGCCUCACAGAAGUGUUCCAAUCUGAUAACAAACCCCCUAGUGUGGCAGCAGAGCUGGUGAGCUCUGCAGAAUUGUAGUUUAAUGAAGGUAAUAUGGAAGUCUCAUUAUCAGUGAUGACAGGUGCUGCCAAAACAUGUCUCAUAAUGUACAAGCUGUAUUUUGUUUUUAUAAUCUGCACCACUAACUGUAGUCUGUUUACACAGUGCCACUGCCUCACUACAACGUCCCUACUCUUUCAGGUACAAAUCUCCAUUUUCAGUGUUGUCCUCUUUAAUGUAUGGUGAGGUAAAACUCAUUGGAAAGUAUAAAAAUACAGGGAGUUUAAUAAAGAAGUAUCAUUUCUUCUUA